AUGGCCACGGCUAUCGACCGCGACGCUACGGCGCCCCUGCUGGCUCCAGACGUAGACAGCCCCCGACUGCGGCGAGAUGGUUCAUCCCCAUGCCGCGAUGGGACGUGUGAUGACGUCACUCGGGGUGCGACUGGCGGGCGCCGCGUUCGCGAAUCGACAACCCCUCCCCCCUCCCCGGUUCUUGCCCUCCCGCCUGACGCUUCCGCCGCCGCGUCCCCAAUUGGGAGCGUCCUGCGGAACGCCGCGCUUCCGGCGCACCGCGGAUCCCGCCGCGGAACCCCCCCCCCCCCCCCCCCCCGUACAGGUGUCAACGUUCGA